CCGUGCACAGGUGCGUGAGCCGGAAGUGUACAAAGAGUGCACGUUGACUCGGGGCUGGUGUCCGCACGCGCAGAGACAAACAUUUGAAAUGUAUUUGAAACAAACAGGAAGUUGCUUCAGUUUCCUCCUCAGCGUCACGAUAAUAACUUUUCCUUCAGCGAGCUGGUGCGAAUCUGCUCCUUCAACACUGACACGUCCUCCUGCGGCACCUCCUGGUGCCAGGAGCCGCUCUUCACCCACCGGAGGCCCGCAGCAGCUCCACCUGCCGCUCCUCCACCUCCUCCACAGCUCGGACCGGACACAGGCUGCAGCGUCUGCACGGAGACCCGGAGCCAGGAUGACCUCAGCGGACAAACGGCUCAGGCACACGCCGAAUCAAAGCGAGGGGCAGCGGGUCUAUUCUUCACCUCAGCCCCCUGAUGAUGAUGAAGAUGAUGAUGAUGAGUGUUCCCCGGGACACAUGAAACACACAGCUCCAGGGAAGUUUUACAUUGUUGGUCAACUGGAAGCAAACUUCCCCAUCGUGGGCUAUCAGGCGGAUUCUGCUGCUCCAGUCCAAGCUGAGGGAGACCGGGCGAAGGUCAGAGGUCAGUGGCUCAGCGGCUCAGAGGAGAGCUGGCAGAAGCUCAAGCCGGUGGUGGAGUGUGGAGACGACGCCAUGAUCCUCGUCGUCAGGAGGAGACGGGCUGGAAAUCUGCUGCUGGAUCGAGUGAACGAGUCAUCGGUGCCUCUGUCCCAGCUGCCGCCUCAGUGUGGUUACUCUGUCCAGACCACGUGGAGAGACCUCAGUCUGAUGGCUCAGUACGACGCCUGCCACGUCACACAGGAGGACGACAGCUACGUGCUGCCUCUGCUGUGGAGGGGGGCUCCGGUCAAGAUGUCGUGUCCGGUCCCUCAGGUUCAGCCUCAGGCCGCGGGUCAGUACUCCGUGUGCUGCUCCCCGUACGGGAUGACUGUCAACCUGCAAGGACCGACUCCUGCAGAGCAGCUGAGGAUAAAUGUCAGAGGCGAGUGGACCCCACUGGUGUCGUUGGCUGAGCAGUGCGGACUCACCGUGGACAGAUGGGACGCACAGAUCGUAAUCGCUGCUCCAUAUCUUACAUGUGGCAUGACGGUGAAGGAUGGAAAAUACACACUUUAUCUUCAAAUAGGAGAAAACACACUCCUGCUGUCUUGUCCUGUCUCGUCCCCUGAGGAGCUGCCAGGAACCCGUCUCGUCGACGGCCCUCAUCAUCUCAGCAGAAUCCCAACAGAACCUCCAUCAGAGCCUUUUCCAUGGGCCGCCCCUUUUUACCUGGCUCCGCUUUACUAUCCCCACCCCACAUAUCAUCAGGAGUAUCAUGGACCUGAUGCUCGCGACGUCUACGACCCUCUCACUCCCUCUUUUUCCACCCCUGACCCGCGGUCUGGUCCGCAGCCCCCCCCUCCUGUUGAUUCCCAGUAUCCGGAAUACUACUCCCACCAGAUUCCCGACGGGGGUUCCAAUAAACAGCACGCCGUGCGCAGUCCUCUAUCAUCUGCACAUGAAACGGAGGAUUUAAGUCCAGAUCUCCAACAAAAACAGGGACCUCCUGUCUUGGAUCUCUCUGAGUCACACUCUCGCCCCUCAGCUGCAGCCUCUCCGGCUCAAGUCGAAGCUCCCUCUCUCCCGCCUCCCAACCACGCCUUCAACCCAUACUACCACUACUACCAUCACCCAAAAAUCCCUCUUCCAAACCCACCUCAAGACCCCGACGCAGCUCCUGAGGUCCCUGAAAAACAAUCUCCGACAAAUACCCACAACUUCCUGGUGUUGCCCCCCAACGUGCAGCAGUCCGAGGUUGAUUCAGACCCCUCCCCUCCGCCUCAGGUUGCCCCUCAUCCUCGCAUCCCUCCAACAGAUCCUGAAGUUGAUCACGAAGCCCGUGCAUCUUAUCCCUUCCCACACCACUACUUUUAUUACUUUCCCCAUAUGGCGAGGGGUGAGGCGAAAAGGUUGACGCCUCUACAUCACGGCAUGGAUACGAAAACCAAAGCGCCAGAUGUUCAGCCUCUCUCUGAGUCAUCGGUGCGUCCGGUCCAUGAAGAAUUCAGCGUGAGUCCCGACGCUCAUCAGCCGAACGCAGGUGAAACUGAAAAACACAGACCAGACUGGAUCAGAAAUCCACGUCUGUCUGAAGAUGAUAUGAAACAAGAGCCGGAUGAUGAAGGGCGACACUCUGCACCUGCGACUCCCGCUCUCCCACCCAGCAACCCUCCAGAACCAGACCCGGCUGUGGUUCCCCCUCCUCACUCGUACCCCUACGCCCCUUACUAUCACUACUAUCAGAUGUAUUAUGGACCUGAAAGUUCCCAGAGCAGUAACGACGGUGCGUCUCCGCUUUCAUUUAAAGACGCUUUAAACGCUCGGAUUCAAGCAUCCUCCUCUCCAGCGCCGCAUCAAACCGCUUCCUCACCCACAGAAUCACAUUAUCACGCUCACUUAUAUCCUUACUACCACUAUUACCAGCACCUCUUCCAGCCUGAAGAGUCCAAACACCAGCAGGAACAGCUUCCCGCAGGCAGCACGGACUCUGAAAAACCCUCCUCAGAGUCAGAAUCUCAGCUUCCCUCUGACUCCGACCACAUCAGCACGGAUUUGAACACCGAAGCAGGAUUUCCCAGCAUCCCUCAGCCACCGCACAGUCCCCUCCAUAGCUUGUCUUCCCAGCAACGUCUGUACUAUGCGUCGGGGCCUCCUGGUGGAGAGGAAGCAGAGGAGAGGCUGGAUUAUGACACGACGGAUCACCCCGCAGCCACCACGCCCUCCGCCUCGCCCUGUGGCCUCGGCCCUGCGUCUUACUCCAGCUGCAGUCACUCUCUGGGCUGCUGCUCGUACCCUGUGGAGGAUUGUACAAUGGGGCAGAAUUUUGUCUUUGUGGUGCCUCACUCUGUGUUGGAGCCCACAGUGCCCCCUGCUGCUCAUCCCCCAGAGGACAGUGAGGCCUCCUGCAUCCUGCGGAAGUUGACCUCUGACCCCGAGGUCUACAUGGUGCCCCUGGACGGCUGCGGAGUAAACAAACUUAUGUUUGGUCGGACUGUGGUUCAUCUGUUGGAAGUCCGAGGAAUCUAUUCUCCUCAAGGCGACCGCACCUCGGAGAAUGAGGACUCUCCUGUCAGGUUGAUGGUGGAGUGCAGCUCUUCCCCAGGUUCUCCAGGUGAGGUGAGGCUGCAUGUGAUGGAUCAACCUCCUCCGCCUUCACCUCCACCUCCCAUUCAGCCAUCACCAGCCACAGUCUCAGUGCAGCUGAGACUCUCGACAGACGAGUCGUUCAGCAGCUUCCACCCCGAGGCUCACCUGCCUCUCAGUCUGGUGCGAGGCAGACCUCUUUAUCUGGAGGUGAGUCUGCUGGAGCCUCCAGAGGGAAACCUGGUGCUGCUGGUUCACUCCUGCUUGGCUCACACUGCAGAUCCAUACACCGGCUGGAUGCCCAUUUAUGAUGGCUGCCCCGGCCGCUAUGAUUCACAGCUGCUUCCUUCCUCCGACCCGCACCGAACCCGGAGGAUCAUAAUCUCCAGCUUCCUCUUCCUGCCCUCACAAAGCCCCUCAGACGUGGCUGCAGGAGAACACUCUCUCCUGGACGAUCCAGAGAUCUACGUCUUCUGCUCGACAGAAGUUUGCUCCGCUGCAGACGGUGACUGCACAUCUGGCUGCAUCGACAGUCUCAACAGUGGCAUGUGAGCAAUGAAAUAAAGACACGGUUACCACUGCA